AAGGGGCUGGCGGCGGCCCAGAUGCAAAGCAAAGGCGGUAACCAGGGCGACGGUGGUGCCUCAGCGGCCCAGCUUGCCCCUUCGCCGACCCCAUCGCCAAUGGCGCCGGCUGGGGCCGAAGAGAGCCAAGGGCGCCACGGACCUCCUGAAGGGGCUUUGAGCCUGAAUCCCCAGCAGCAGCAGGAGCUGCAGGAAGAGAUGGAGAAACUGAGGGAGGAGAAUGAGACCCUCAAGAAUGAGAUAGAUGAGCUGAGGACUGAGAUGGAUGAGAUGAGGGACAGCUUCUUUGAAGAGGAUGCCUGCCAGCUUCAGGAAAUGCGCCAUGAAUUGGAGAGGGCCAACAAAAAUUGCAGGAUCCUCCAGUAUCGUCUUCGAAAGGCAGAGCGCAAGAGGCUCCGCUAUGCCCAAACUGGGGAGAUUGAUGGAGAACUUUUGCGUAGCUUGGAACAGGACUUGAAGGUUGCAAAGGAUGUUUCGGUAAGACUUCACCAUGAGUUGGAAAAUGUCGAAGAAAAACGCACCACUACAGAAGAUGAAAAUGAAAAAUUAAGACAGCAGCUCAUAGAAGUAGAGAUUGCUAAGCAGGCUCUGCAGAAUGAAUUUGACAAAAUGAAAGAGCAGUCCCUGAAAAGAAGAGGAAGCAAAGACUUGCAGAAAUCAGAAAAAAAGUCACAGCAGCAGACACCUACUGAAGAAGACAAUGAAGAUCUGAAGUGCCAGUUACAGUUUGUGAAGGAGGAGGCAGCCCUGAUGAGGAAAAAGUUGGCCAAAAUAGAUAAGGAAAAGGACAAAUUUGAACAUGACCUGCAAAAGUAUAGGUCGUUUUAUGGUGAUUUAGACAGCCCCUUACCCAAAGGAGAAGCUGGAGGCCCACCUACCACGAGAGAAGCAGAACUCAAGCUUCGUCUGAGGUUAGUAGAGGAAGAAGCCAAUAUUCUGGGAAGGAAAAUUGUAGAACUAGAAGUAGAAAACAGAGGGCUUAAAGCAGAGCUUGAUGACUUAAGAGGAGAUGAUUUCUCCGGAGCAACCAACCCCCUCAUGGGGGAACAGAAUGAAUCUCUGUCAGAGCUACGACAACAUCUGCAGCUAGUUGAGGACGAAACCGAACUGUUAAGAAGAAACUUGGCUGAUGUAGAGGAACAAAACAAGCGCGUUACAGCAGAGCUGAACAAAUAUAAAUACAAGACUGGGGCUCAUGACAGCUCAAGGCAUCAUGACAGUGUCAAGAUGGAAGCGCUGCAAGAAGAACUCAAAGCUGCCCGCAUGCAAAUCAAUGAACUCAGUGGUAAAGUCAUGCAACUUCAGUAUGAGAACCGAGUCCUCAUGUCCAACAUGCAGCGCUAUGAUCUGGCCUCUCAUCUGGGCAUCCGAGGCAGUCCCAGAGACAGCGAUGCUGAAAGCGAUGCAGGAAAAAAAGAAAGUGAUGAUGAUUCUCAUCCUCCACACCGGAAACGAGAAGGGCCCAUUGGUGGGGAAAGUGACUCAGAGGAGGUCCGCAAUAUCCGUUGCUUGACUCCCACUGGAUCCUUUUACCCGGCACCGGCAGCAUGGCAGAAAAGCUUGACAGACCGGCAACAAAUGAAGGAUAUUCGCUGUGAAGCAGAACGCCUGGCUAAGAUGAUAGAUCGUCUGAUUUCAGACACAAGCAGCAUAAUAACAGAGGCAAGAGUUUAUGUAGCAAAUGGAGACCUGUUUGAACUUAUGGAUGACGAAGAUGAUGGCAGUAGGAUACGAGAACACGAACUUCUUUAUCGGAUAAAUGCCCAGAUGAAGGCAUUUAGGAAAGAGCUCCAGGCCUUUAUUGACAGACUAGAAGUUCCAAAGUCUUCAGAGGAUCGAAGUACAGAUGAACCUUUGUCAGUGAGUCAGAUAAGAAGUGCAAGAGCUAUAGUUUCUGUAGUAAUCACUGCUUUAAAAACACUGAAGACUACUUGUUUGAAAGAAAGGAAACCAUCCUUAAACACCAGAAUAUGAAGCAAUAACCAAAACCUCCACAACUGAAUCAGAUUUCUGCCCAUCAAAAUUGUAGGAUCAGUAUUUUCAGAACUGGAAGCCCUUUCCCCAACUCACUGCUUUCACAUUACAUUCGGACUGAAAUACUUCUGAGGGCAUUCUUCUCUACAAAAGGAGGUAAAAUGAAUUCACGAGAUUAAUAUGAAUGCCUUUGAGAAUAAGGCCAUUCACAGCAAGGCACAGCAGUGGUCUGUACAUUCCCUCACUUCAGAAUGGACAUAGCGGGAUUGAGCUGUUGUUCUCUAGACAAAGAGAAUUUUUGCCUAUCAAGGCAGAAAGGAAAGCAAGGACAUACGAAAUGAAGAGAAAUAACAUUUUCAUAGAGAAUAAUCUGGCCUUUGAGGAUUACAAAGAAAUGUUGCCCAAGAAAACAACGAAGAAUUGCAUUCAGGAUCUCAGUAUUGCAAGUAAGCCAGUAAUGUGUAUUUCACUGAGAGUGAGGAUAACCCAGGCUUCAACCUGUAACAUGUUCAAUACAUUAUAAGAGGCUGUUUAAUGGCUGGUGUUAAUCUCUUCAGCUCUUAUGAGUCUACU